GAUAUAUGUUUCACUCCGGAAUGUAUUCUCGAUCGAACAAGUGCUCAACGGACAUGCCCGUGAAACCGUCUCACAUGAGUGUUUUUGCUAUUUAACGUGUUUAACGGUUUGUUUUGUGUCCAGCGGUUUUAACGUUUUAUUUGUCAUUAGAUAACCGUUAACCGACCGUUAGAAAAUGACCGCCAGAGCGACGUCGAGUCGCUUCCUGAAGAGCGUCCUUCAGAACGGGGUCGGCCGGUACGUCUGCCAGCUGAAACGGAUCUCCAUCAUCUUCUCCAAAAACGCUCAGAGCUCGUUAGGAGUCAGGGACUUUAUUGAGGAGGGAGUGGUGGAUUAUGCCAAGAAGAACCCUGGAACUGUUGUGUAUGUGUCGCCUCAGUCCUGCAGGAUACCCAAAAUAGUUGCAGAAUACUUGAACGGCAACGUGAGGGAAGAAAUCAUCACAAGCAAAACGUCUCAGCAGAUUUCAGAGCUUUUGACCAAGCUGACUAAUCAGUCUGGCCUGGACAUCAUCCGCAUCCGCAAACCCUUCCACACAGACAACCCCAGCAUCCAGGGCCAGUGGCACCCUUUCACCAACCGGCCCCCGUCUAUCGGCCCCAUCAGACCACAGAAACAGAGCGCUGAAUAAAGACUGGACAAUAGAAAAGUCAAACAGUUUGGAUGUUUCCAGAAAAUCAUUGCUUAAUUUCAGUUACUUUAGCAAGUCCUUAUUUUGAAGCUGUUAAAGUAACUGGGACAUGUUCUGGUUUUUGUGGCAAUUUUACAGCGUACAGGUUGGAAACAUCUGCUGAAGAUCCCACUAUUGACUGAACAUCUUCUACUAAGCUCUUCUGUCUGGCGGUGGCAGCAAAUCCACUUGUCUGGUUCAGAAUAAUACACAUCUCUGCCACAUUUGAGAAGACUUAACAUGAAUACACCAGAGGCUUGUCAGCUGGCAUACAAAAAAGCAGAUAACUUGUUUUUAAUCUCAAGGUUAUUUGAAGAUUCAUGUACAAGUUCAAGUGCAAGCGCUAUUCAUCAGAUGGAAGUUUGUCUAUGAAAUAAAGAAAUGUUUCUUUAUGCGAA